GACCCCUUCACACCAAUCCCAGCCGGUUAUUUUGGACCAGAGAUCGUUUUGUUUCGGUUUACCUUGAUUACCUCGAUUACCUCAACUCCUCGAUUGCAAGAUGGGAAAAUGCCCCGCUCCGUCAGUCAUGCAAGGAUCUGGGCAUACUGUGGGUUGGGGAAAUUUGGGGGACUGCCAUCGACGUCAGCUUGCGCCGCCGACGAGGGAGGCGAUCGUCGUUGGUACGUGGUUUUUGGUUUUCUUUUUUUCUUUUGCUGCCAGGGCUGGGGAUGAUGACGUCGAUUGCUGAGGAGGGAGG